UUUAUUGGUUUUUCUUUUCUAGAAUGGAAAUGGAAGAGAAUGGCAUUUUUGCCCUUUCUCUUCCUUUCUUUUACCAGGGCAUGCUUUCUACAUUUCUUACCAAACCAAAAUCAAAUCAGUGUUUGGUUCAAGCAUCAAUUGACGUCUCUCUGUAACGGAAUCAUCGACGAUGAUCACUCCAUUGAAUUCACGUCUCCAUUGUUUCAUCAAACUCACAGGUAUCAAAAUCUUACCAGCUUGGAUACUGCCUUUAACCUGUUCGAUGAAAUGAUCCAGAGAACACCCCUCCCAUCUGUUGUUAAGUUUACUCAGUUGUUAAAUGCUGUUGCCAAAAUGAACCAAUUUUCUUGCUCUCUUGACCUUUUCAAACAAAUGUGUGCCAUUGGAGUUCCUGUUGACAAAUACUCUAUGAGUAUUGCCAUCAAGUGUUGUUGUCAGAUGUCUCGCACCAACGACGGCUUUGCACUCCUAGCUUCUUGCUUUAGGCGAGCUGUUGUCCCAAAUGUCUUCAUAUUUAGUACACUCUUAGAUGGACUCAUUCGUGAAGAUAGGAUUAUUGAGGCUGAGAGACUCUUCAAGAAGCUCAUCAAACAGAAACUAUGUGAACCUGAUGUAGUUAUGUAUUCCACUAUGAUCAAAGGGCUUUGCAAGUUUGGCAACAAUGAUAUUGCCAUUGCUUUGCUUAGGCUCAUGGAUGAAAGAGGCUGUAAGCCUAAUAUUGUUGUAUAUAGUACCAUCAUUGAUAGUCUUUGCAAUGACAAAAUGAUAGAGGCUGCUUUCAAGCUUUUCAAUGAAAUGGUAUUUGCCAAAGGCAUUCAACCAGAUGUCAUCACAUACACCUCUCUGAUUUAUGGCCUUUGUAACUUGUGUCGUUGGGACGAGGUCUCUAAGCUGCUAAAAGAAAUGGAGGAUCUAAGGAUCUCUCCUAGUUUGCGAACCUUUAGCAUAUUAGUUGAUGCAUUUUGCAAGGAAGGUAGGGUGGAUGAAGCGGAGGCUGUUAUAGACAUCAUGGAUGAGAGAGGUGAGGCUCCUGACAUAGUGACAUACAGUUCACUUAUAGACAGUUACUGCCUACGAGGUGAAAUGAUCAAAGCAAGGAUGCUUUUUGAUUCACUUACUUCUAAAGGUCUCAUCCCUGAUGUGUUUUCUUAUAACAGUUUAUUGAACGGGUAUUGCAAGAGUUUGAAAGUAGAAGAGGCCAUGCAUAUGUUCCAUGACAUAACAAGAAAAGGUUUGAAACCUGAUAUAGUCAGUUACAGCACCAUGUUACAGGGAUUGUUUAGGGUUGGGCGUUGUGGAGAGGCACGCAAACUCUUUGAUGAGAUGCGAUCACAAGGCCUAAUUCCAAAUGAAUGCACCUAUAGAAUAAUAUUAGACGGUCUUUGCAAAAACCAUCAAGUUGAAGAUGUGCUCUCUUUGUUUCAUUUGGUGGGUGAUAGCAAGCUGAACUCUGACAUUCAAGUGUACACUAUUCUUAUUGAUGGUAUGAGCAAAUGUGGGAAGCUUGAUAUUGCAAGGGAUCUUUUCCAAGACCUAACUCUAAAAGGUUUGAAACCUAAUGUUCGGACAUAUAAUGUGAUGAUUAGUGGCCUAUGUAGAGAAGGUAUGCCAGAGGAAGCAAAGCACUUGUUUCGUAAAAUGGGUGGGAGUGGCUGUCCACCAGAUGGUGUUACUUACAAUGUUCUUCUCCAGGGAUAUCUUAAGAAGCAGAAUUACGAUGAUGUUGAGAUGCUUUUACAGGAAAUGGAUGGAAGAAGGUACUCACUUGAUGCUUCAACUUUAUCGAUGUUGAUUGAUGAAAUCGCAGCUGGUUCAGUAGAUAGAAGUAUGCUUAAAUUGAUAUCUACAAAGUGUUGAUAUCUAUAUAAAUGAAUUCUGCAGUGGAUGUGCCCCAGAAUCGCCAUACUUGUUCAGUUGUUGCACAUUCUUCCUGCCCAACGGUUGUGGGUAGUCACAUUAAUUUCUAUUUCUACAUAUGUACCCAUACGCAUAAGCAUUAUAAAUCUGCAAAUGCUUGUUAGUUGCCGAGUUCGAUCAGACCUGAGCUAAGGAAAAAAGGAAGGACGUAAACCAUGAUUGUGAUUAUCAUAAUGGUGAUGCGAACCGAUGGGCUCGAGAAGCAAGAAACAAGGUUGCCGAGAGGGCAUAAAAAGCAAAGAAUGAUUCUUAUUAGCAGGUACAAGAGAUCAAGGAUCAUGAAGCGAUCAGUCAGUGGCAAAGACGGAUCUUGUUGGGAAUUUAAAAUUUAAUAAUAAAAUAAUACUUGUGUUUUUAUGUUUAGGUUAAAGAAUUGUAAAAGGAUUUGUUUUAAUAUGUUUCUUUAUUGAUAGGGAGUAGUAUUUCUUUAGGUAGCUUAGAAAAUAAGUUAACAAUUAGUAUCAACAGAGGGUUUAGGGUCAUUGUAAAUAAAAUGUGGUCUUUGUUGGUAAUAUUAGUUGA